AUGUAUGCAUAAUAUGGCUGUUUAUCAGCUGUUGGUAUACAAGAAAGCAAUGAAUGUAUUGAAUAUUGUAUUAAAUAUUGUAUUAAAUAUUCAAUUGACUUAACAUUACAACAAUGCAUGAGAUGUGAUGUCAAUGAACGCAAUGACUAACAAUUGGUUUAAUUAUUUGAGACAAUAAUCGGAUAAUUAAUUGUUUUGAAUAAUCACAACAAGUAUUGCUUUCUUUGAAAUAUUGGAUACAAUUUGCAAUCAUUUGGUGAGACAUGUGUGACAAUGAAUUGAUUUCUUCAUCGAUGACACACAUCUGCGAUGAAUUCAGUCAACAAUGGCUUAAACGACACGAGAGUCGAGUUCUUGCCGUUAAAGACUUUCGCCAACAUUGGGCCCAAACUGUACCCAAACUAUACUCACCGGCCAUCGACUCGGACUGUCUUAACAUUCAAUUUAAUGAAAUUGAGGCCAAAAAUCAAUUGAUAGCACCGUUAGAGCGCUUUAUGACUGGAGUCCGAACUCCACAGACAAUCUUUAGUCGACUCAACAAAACGGAUGAUCCGCCGACACUUUGCGGACGAAUUUUCAAAGCGGGAGAACCGACGUAUUCGUGCUGUGACUGCGGUCUCGACCCGUUAUGUGUCCUUUGCGUCGAUUGUUUCAGAAACAGUAACCACAAGAAUCAUAGAUACAAAAUGAGUACAUCUAGUGGUGGAUCAGGUUUUUGUGAUUGUGGCGACAAAGACAGAAUCAUUUCAGAGGCCUGGAAAUCAAAUCCUUUUUGUGAUAUUCACAAUCAAUCUAAUAAUUUAAUGGAUAAUGAAAUGAACGAUCCGUUAAAGAAAAUACCGCCGGAAUUGUCGGAUAUAAUCGACAGAACAAGACUUGUAUUCAAAGCUGUUUUAUGUUAUUGUUUUGAGAUCUUGACGUGGAAUCAAAAUCUUGAUCUUCCAGAAGAUCUUAUUAACAGAGAAGAGGAUACUAUAGCUGAAAAAGAUGACACACACGUGACAAUGCUAUUUAAUGAUGAAAUCCAUACCUAUGAACAGGUUAUCAAUACAUUGAGCCGAGCUAUUGAUUGUCUUCCUAAAGAAGCCACAGAAUAUGCAACAAUUAUUGAUAGAGAGGGUCGAAGUAUAGUCAAGUGCUCUACACUACAAGUUUGUAAUCAAGUGAAGGUUAAUAUUGAAAAAAUCACUUCAAGACACGGAAGUAAACCAGUGAGAGUAGAUGUAAUGCAUACCAGUAUUGUUGCCCAUCAAACUUUUGCCACUCGAUUGCUUAGUUGGUUACAUGAGAUAAUCAACUAUUGUGAGGCUUUUCGAUGUAUUUUGGUUGAAGUCUUGAUGUCUAAAGAUGUAUAUAUUAGUGAAGGCAUUACAUCACCUGAUUCCCCACUUUUGGAACUAAUUAUGUGCGCCGACACACAAUUGUGGAAAUUUAUGAGAAACCAAUGGCACCAACUAUUUAUUAGUGGACUAUUAAUGGACUCGAGAAGCAAAAAGGAAUUCGCAAAAGUUUUUAUAAGAAAUUACGGACACCUUAUGAAUGACUUUAUACUCGACGAUCACGACCACAGUAUAUCAAUCACAUCGCUGUCAUUACAGUUGUUUACAGUGCCGUCAUUGGCUCAGACAUUGAUUGCCGAAGAGAAUGUUAUAGUAGUUCUUUUGAAAACAUUUCUUAACGAAUGCGGUCGUCAUCGCAAUCACGACGGAAAGCUGGCCUUUGAACGAAAUCAAUCAGCCAUUACUACAUUCAGAAGAUCACAUUAUAUACUAUUUGAUUUAAAGUACAUCCUCUCUGCCAAACCUAGCGAAUGGACUGAUGACUUAAGAAAGAAUUUUCUGCUGGGACUCAACACUUUGGUUGAUAUGUUAAAGUGGAUGCAAGGAAUGGAUGCAGUUGUCAGACAAGUUGGACAACACGUAGAAUUCGAGGCCGAGUGGGAAACGGGUGUUAAUUUGCAACUUAGAUUAGCACCAAUUGUUGGAUUAGUUAUUGAAUGGUGUUCUUCAGAUCGGUCAACACUAAUUAAGGCUUUACGUUAUACUCUUAAAGAGUUGGCUGAAUUUAUAAGUAGUUGUCCAUCAAAUGAAUGGGAAUUAUGUGGAUAUCACGCCAAUUGUCUCGAUUAUGAUGUAUCGUCACUUCCAGUGACUAUUCAUUUGCCUUUUUCAAGAUUAGUAGCGGGACUUCUCUUGCAAUUAGGAAAAUAUGACUUAAAUUAUAACGAAAGAAACUUUAUUGUUGACAAAAAGCCAACUCCAAUACAGUUAAUUGAAUUACCGCUUAGGACUCAAGUAAUGAUAGCCCAGUUCAGAGCUGGUAUGUGGAGACGCAAUGGAUACUCUCUUGUAAAUCAGGUUUACUUCUACCAUAGCGUCAAACUAAGAGAUGAAAUGUACGACAGAGACAUAUUGAUGCUUCAAAUCGGUGCCGCGCGAUGUGAACCAAAUGAGUAUUUAAUUCAUAUUCUUAACAAAUUUAAUCUAUUAUUCUGGUCUCAAGACAACUAUGAAAGUGUUAAUCGCAAACCAGAAGAAGACUUUGUUAGACAAACUAUUUCAUUAGUUGAAGAAUUUCUUGGACUUAUUCUUAUAAUAAUUUCCGAACGAUUUGUUCCCGGAGUGGGAAAAGUAAAACAUGACGACAGAAUUAAGAAAGAAAUCAUUCAAUGGUUAUCAAUGAGUCCAAUGACACACUCAGAACUCGUUAAAUAUUUACUAUCAAAGGAAACAACUCCUUAUAAUUGUAGUAUUGAAGACAUAAUCAAAGAAGUGGCUAUUUUUAAGCGCCCGACAACUCCAACGACGGGAAAAUAUGAAUUAAAACCUGAAUAUUAUAAAGAUUUUAAUACUUUUUUCUAUCAUUAUUCACGACAAGACCAGUCAUGUGCUGAAGAAUCGCAAAUGAAACGCAAGAAACAGAAUGGAGAGGAACUUAUUUGUUGUCCGCCACCCAUUCCUCCAGAUUUUGCGCCACAGUUUUCAUCAAUAAGUUAUGUUAUAGAUUGCGAUGUAAUGCUUCAUUUGAUUGAAGCUGUAUUGAAGAGGACUUGUAAUCUUCAUGCCAUCUCAUUCUCUGAAACUCAAUUUGAAAAAGUAUUGCAUAUAAUAGGUGUCGGUCUGCAUGAAGAAGCAAAAGGAAGUGUUCCUAAUUUCAUGUUCUCUAAGAAGUGUAUUGAUAAAGGAAUCUAUCAAUUAUUAGAAGAAUGUUUAAAUCGACCGAUAGUUUCACGAAUCGAUAUUCACAAAGAUUUAUUAAAAUGGACUCUAAAGAGAUUCAAUGAAGUCUUGCAGAUAAAGAAAGCAGAAUUUGUUGCCAAAGAUCAGAGAGAUAAAGAAAUAGGAGAUAAAAGCGAAAACUUGUCAAAAGGUAAAAUUGAUAGACAAAAAUCUGCUGAAAUGGCUGCCAAACGAAGAGAUAGAAUAAUGGCUCAAAUGACAGCAAUGCAGAAGAAUUUCAUCGCUGAACAUAAAGAUUUCUUUAAUGAUUGUCAGCCAAGUGUUUCCAAUUCAAACUCAUUAAUGGACUUAACUUAUGAACCACCAGUUAUUGAGUCGAUUGCCGUCGGAGAGAACCAAAAGGGAAAGUGUAUUACCAAUGAACGCCACACAUGUAUUCUUUGUCGUGAAGAACAAGAGGUUUCUAUAACAGGUCGUUGUCUUGUUUUAUCCGCUUUUAUUCAAAGAUCGACAGUAUUGUCAAAAAACAGAGAAAGAAAAUUAGGCAGCGAUGAUGAUAAUAUGAAUCCAUUGUUUGUGACCUCUGACCUCAAUUUUGGACCUCAUAUAAGUACAUGUGGUCAUGUUAUGCACGCUGACUGUUGGCAAAACUUUUUUGACUCAGUUCUGGCUAAAGAACGGCGCCGUCCUAUUCGUUAUGGAAGACAUGUUAGCUUUGAUGUCGACAAACAUGAAUUUUUAUGUCCACUUUGUGUAUGUCUAUCAAAUUCAGUCAUACCUAUCAUACCUGCCAUCGAUAACGAAGUAAAGAAUAAAACAAAAAAGUCUGAUAUAUCGCUAACUAAUUGGUUAAUUGGUUUACACGCUAUUGUCGAGAAAGAUAUUCUCUUUUGUACGGAAUCUUCAAUUAAUGAAAAUUCUGACGAGAAAUAUAUUUAUCGUAUUUUACCGCAUCUUAAAGACAUCUUAGCCAAUGUCCCGAAUGAGUUCAAAGAAUAUCUGGAAAAUUUAUUCGAUGAAUAUCAAGACAAUGUCGUUAAAAAUGAAGAACUUUCUCAAUCACUUUUGGAUGUUAUGAAACACUUUGCUCAAGACGUUUAUACUACAUCACUUUUAGUGAAUCCAAAUUCAGAAGAUGAGAGGAUAUCGUUAAUGAUAUACUGGUCGUGUUCUUACACUCUUCAAUCGAUUGAACGAAUGCUUCGUUUGGAGGAGAAGACAAUAUUUGCCGAUCUUUCGUCCCGUAAAUACAAUUGUCUUAAAGCACUCGUGCGAUAUAUCGGUUCGAGUAUUGCUGUAUUUAACGGUCCGAUUAUGAAAAGUCAUUGCAUUAAAAUUAUGCGAUAUCUUCUGGUCAAUGAUUGUCACAUUACAAACAAUAACUGUUGUCUUGAUUUGGACGCCUUGUCAUUGCUUAUAUCCCUUGUGAUCACUACUCCAUCAUUAUUUCUGUUGGACACCGAUAGCCAAUGCAACAAUAAAUUGUAUUCAAUGUCUUUGGGAAAUGUUUCGGAUAAACAUUAUAUUAACUUAAUGAUAGUUUUUAAUAUUGUUCAGAUAAUAUUAACCCAAAGUCCGGAUAACUAUACAGAAGAGCCUAUGGAAGUGGAAGAGUUUGAUACUUCAAGUACUGGUCAAUCGGUUAAUCGGACGAUUCAAUCAUUUUAUUCAGAGAUUAUGAUAGCUUCGGGUCAGAGUAAUUAUAAGGUGCCGAAUGUGUUGCAAAUCGAACUCUUCCUAAAAACAAAUUUAUUGCCUUUCCUACGAUCUGUGGCUCUAUUUUUUCAUUUUCUGACAAACGUUUCUCCGCCACAAAAAUUUAAAGAUAACAGCAAUCAAUCGGUUACUCCUGUAGAAGAGUUUGACAUUCUUUGUCAUUAUUUGGGUUUGAGUUCGAAAUUUUCAGUUCUUCUUGAGAGUACUUCGUUAAGACAAUUGGCACUUAUAUGGGCCCGACAUCCAAGAGUUAAUGUUAUAAUUAAUGAAAAGUCAGAUUUGGACUCAUUAUUAGAAUUUAAGCCCAAACUUAUAGUACAACCGCAUUCACUCAAUUAUUUGGUUCGUUUGCCCAAUGAUUACAGCGAUCUCAUCAAUAGUGUGUCUCAAUUUACGUGUCCUAACUCUGAUGGAAAUGACUCCCGAUCUCCCACUAUGUGUUUGAUUUGCGGAACAAUAUUAUGUUCACACAGUUAUUGUUGUCAAAAUGAUUUGGAGGGGACAAUGGUUGGGUCGUGUACGUGGCACUCACACUUUUGUGGUGCCGGACAGGGUAUGUUCCUCAGGAUCAGGGAUUGUAAGAUAUUGCUUUUGGCCGGAAAAACAAAAGGUUGUUAUUUGGCGCCGCCAUAUAUUGAUGAAUACGGCGAAACAGAUCAGGGAUUGAUUCGCGGAAAUCCAUUACAUCUCUGUGAGUCGUCGUAUGCAAAACUUCACAAAAUAUGGCUCAGACACGGCAUACCCGAGCAAAUAGCACAUGCAUUGGAAACAUCCAGCAAUUUGGCUGCUUUUAACUGGCAAUUGCUUUAAUUUGUCGCUUAUACAACAUAUUAUUGCUUAACUAAUACACUGAUAUUGGUUUUUAUUUUAUGCA